UCCAUCCUGAAGAAAAGAAAAAAGAAACAGAUUUUUCAUGAUGAGCUACGCAACCCACUGUGGGCAGGAGAUAGAGGCCUUGGAAAUGGCGCCACCAUCGGUGUAUGAAGUUUUAGCUUUAAUUUUCCGUUUUAUUUGAAUGGCUUCUAAGUGAGCUAAGUGUAGACUUUUAUCAAUUUAAAAGCAAAAAAUGAUAGUCAUGUGUAAAAAAGAAAUAAAUUUUUUUUAAAAAAGCUCAGACUAAUGGUAUGCAUGGACACAAAUGGCCCUGUCAUAUUUAUAAACUCUGUAAACUUAUUGUUUGAGAAAUAUGUAUUUUAUACUUCAUUUAUUUUUUCAUGAAUAUUUUGCAUUUGCAUCUCCUUGGUGUUUCACUGCUCUAAACAUGCAAUAAAUAAAUAACUUUAUUUUAUAGAAAAUAGAACCACAAGUCUCCCUUGCAUUUUUGUUGUACAAAUAUUACAAUUGUGCCAUCCUUUCAUUAGGUACCUGCUUUCAAAGAGUGUAAACUUGCAUGUUAAACAGUCCAUUUCAAUUAAUGGGGAUUGUAACUUUGUACAUUUGUUGUUGUUUUUUUUUCUCUUAAGGCUAAUAAAAAGGAGAUAGACUUCUGGCAACAGUUCGUUACCAAGUAUUUGCUGCCAAUAUAUCCCACUCCUGAGGAGAAGGUAACGUGAACAUUUUAGCUUAUUGAACUAUUUUAUUCUUGAAAGAAAUGUGUUUUAAAAUUUGUUUCAACAAGGAAGUGUAAUUUUCAGUUUAUCAAUGAAAUUAAUGACUAUUCUAUUACGUAUGACAUACACCAAAUUAUUGAAGCAAACAAACCUUGUAAGGCUUGGAAGAUCUGAUUUAUAACAUUUUCUUACAGAAAAAAAACCACAGAUGGCCUGAAAGAUCUCAGGAACUCAUCAGCUUUUGGGUUAAUCAUUCUCAACCUUCUGUGGAUGGCCCUUAAUUUCAUGUUCCAGUAUACAAAAGCUGGGCGUAUCUCUUUUGACUAUUCAUUUGGUGGCAAAACAUACCAAUUUGAGGUAAACUUUUUUUCUUUUGUGCUGGAGAUUUAGGGGUUUUCCCUACAAAUUUUACCUGUAACAAAUUUAAAGUUAAUAAAGUAAAUUCUCCACUUGGUAUUUUCAUGUCGGCAAACUGUUUUUGAUUAUAGCUUAACCAGUAAAAUGGAUUUGUUUGUUCCCGCUACCAGGAAAGUAUCCUUGGCUUUGCCUUUGUGGCUCUUCUGUUACUGUUUUUGAUCUUACAAAUGAUUGGAAUGUUGAUGCACCGCAUGAGCACAUUACAGCACCUUCUGGCCAUCACAGAGAUUACAAUAAGGUAGGACCCCAAGAAAUGUUGCCAGUAUGUCAAUUCCUAAAUGUUAUUCAUUAACAAAGCAAAUUUAAUUUAUUUGUUAUUCAAUUUUAAAUCUGCUUAAAUUUGUAUGUAAUAAACUGUUGAUGGUACUGAAAAUAUAAUUUUUAAAAAAUGGCUCUAGACUCUUAGAUGAACUUUCAUAGCAACUUUUUUUUUUACUAAUCAAGGAAUUUUAUUUUAGUGUUUUUCUGGCCAUGAAACUUCAUCAUUUCAAAUAAGUUUUAAAAAAACUAAAUUUUUUAAGCAGAAAGAAUUGCAAGGAUUUUUGUAAUCUUUUCCUGGAAGCUGAACAAAAAUUCAAACAAUUCUUUUUAAACAUGAAUAAUUGUUUAUUUCUUUCAUUUUACUAAAUUUCAUUCUGUGUCCUCAAAAGAUUUAAAUAUCACUGCAUAACUUUUUAUAUGAUAGGAAAGGUAAAAGGAAAGAUGCAUCCGUGGCACGAAACAGAGAAGAUGCUAUCAGGCAAAUCAAAGCAGUUUUGCAGAUUCCUUCCAUGAUUGAUAAUGGUGCUUUCACUACACCACCAGCUGUAGCUGAGAAAAACAAUAAACUUGGGGUCACUUUUAUCGGGGCAUGA